AUGGCCGCUGCAGACCCGCCGCCGCGCGGGGAGGCCGCACCCGCGCUGAAGCAGAGCGCCAGCAUCGACCGGAUACCGGUGGACGAGCGUCGCAUCCUGCACCGCCUCGCCGGGGACCUCUGGGGCGGCGACGUGGACCCCGGCGCGCUGGCCGUGUCCCAGCUCAGGGGCGCCAUGACCAACAAGGGCAACGACCCGCACAAGGUGCUCGUGCGCAUCUACGGCAGGGGCGUCGAGGUCUUCUUCGACCGUGCCGACGAGGUCCGCACCUUCGAGUGCAUGUCGCGCCACGGCCAGGGGCCCCGCCUCCUGGGCCCGCUUCGCCAACGGCCGCGUCGAGGAGUUCAUCAACGCCAGGGUACACUACGCCUCUACCACCCUAAAUGUGUGAUGUGUCUGCUCGGAUCCAAUCCGCGAUUGGUUCUUGUCAUGGCUCACUCGCGUGUUGCUUGCGUCCUGGCCUUGCCAGACCCUCUCCGCCGCGGAUCUGCGCGACCCGAUGAUGUCUGUCGUGAUCCACUGCUGCCAUCAACGCCCUCCUCCCCUCCCAGAUCCCGUGAUCUGCUACGAAGCUGCCAUCAACGCCCUCCUCCCCCUCCGCUCAGCUCCCCCUCACGCCUUCGAUCCGCUGCCGUGAUCCGCUGCAAGGCGGCCAUCAACGCCCAUGCCCCCCUUCGCGCAGCUACCUUCCCAGGAUCUCGGGCGCUCCUUCGUCGCCAUACUUUUUGGUCCAUAGCACCCGCCAUCAACGCCCUCCUCCCCAAUCUAUUCAGGAGAUUUGCAAGAAUAUCAUUUGAUGUUUUGAGCUCUUAG